GCGCCUCACACGCGGUCCCAAUCCCACGCCCAGCUCCCCCUGCCUCCGGCGCGCCGCUCACACCGGAAUGGCGGCGCCGGCGGCAGCACCGCCCCGCUCCUCCUAGCGGUCGCUUCGUGCCGUUGCCACGGAGACCAGCCGCCACUCAGCGAACGUGGCGGGCCCGCCCCGCCGUUCCGAACGGACGUCGCCUUUGUCAAUCGGCUCUCCGCCUCGCCUUCCGCCUCUUUCAGGCUGCCGGGGCGGAGGGGAAUGGCGGCGGUGCGCUUGAGGGGUGCCGCGGUCGGGUGGUUCUGGUCGUUACGACUCUCAGUGCCGUCCUUCUUCGCGCCUCCGCGCGUUGCAAAGCGGCCCCAGAGGCGCGUGCCCCGGGUUAGGGAGCUUCUGUCCCGACUUCACCAGCGCACAGCAGCAGCGCCCCCUGGCUGCAGCGCGGCGGCCGCGCUGGGGAUAAAGCGGCGCCCCAGGCGUGGCACCGCCGCUCUGCGUCCGGGCUGGGAGGAGCAGCGCAGCCUGUGAGAUCUUAAUGCUUCCUAGUAAGAACAAAAAAAAGCGCACUUAGCCGCUUGUUUGCAGCUGUGUGCUGUGACAGGAGAUGGAAGACGCAGGGAGCAGGCAGGGCGGGCGGCGGCAGGGAGCUGGAACGAAAAACCGCGUUCGGGAUUUGCUGCCAUUCCUGACUCAAAGACUGCACACUUUUUCCAGUGGGAUCGCUUCUGUUUUAUAGGAAAACAAAAUGGGGAACUGAAUCACAUGUAUUCCAGUUGUUGCUCACACAGCAGUGAAGAAAAAGUAUGGGAGACUGUUCCCUUAGAGCAGCUGUAGUCGGGGACUUACUGGCUAUGUAACAAUCCAGCUUUCUAACUCUGCUGGAAUUGUGUCAGCUCUUGAGCGCAUAGAAAUUGUCUUCCAAUGGAAAAAGUUGUUUUGUAACUGAUGAUAAUGAUGUAGCCAUCAAAUGAAAUCGCUUUGCAGAACUACAUGGAAUUCUGGUGAUUAGACUGUUACUCACACUUGUCAUCAUGUUGGCAGAAGGCAUCUUAACUAGGCUCAUAUAUAAAGAUAUCUGUCAUCAAGAUAAGCCUCACAAAUCUCAUGCAGCCAAAAAGGAUAAAGAGGGAAUCUGGAGAGAGAAACUUGUAGACAACCCAAAAAUUAAAGGAUCUGAUGAUGGACUUGAGAAUCUGGACAAGAUCUCUGCUGAAAGCAACAAAAUGGAAAACAAGAAUGGUCUUCAACAGAGAUCCGCGGCAGAUCCUGCGAAGAAUCAAACGGCAGCGGUUGGGAGAACCGUGUCACGAGCUUUGUGUGUCCCUGAAAGACAACAAAGUAAUGAACAGAUGGAUUUGUGUCGAUCCUGGUCUUGCAACAGCAUUUAUCAAAACUACCCUGACUUACAUAUUGGGGGAGACCACGUGGGAGACCAUACCUGCGAUUCAGGUUGUGUUUUGGACCAUGUGUGUGAUGACCUUUCUGACGGCCCCGUUAUACUGUCUGUAGAUAUUCCUCUUGGUCAGUCUCCCCUGUGUGAGCAUCCUGAAAAGCCAGGUGUAAAUUUCCUGUCUGGAGACGAAGCUGGAGAAAUGAGCAUGAUGUUCUGUGAGGAGCCUCUUUCAAACUCUCAGCUCAACGACUAUAUGGAAGCAAAAGUGGCGGAGCUCUAUAAGCAGCUUUUUGAAGAAAUCUUGACCAGGUGUGGUUCUGUAAGAAACCUCCUCACUUGCAGUUUAGUAAGAAGUAAUGUGGAUCAGAUAAGCUCUCAGAUAUCCCAGGAGAAGAACAUAGAAACAUCAAAAGCCAGAGAAGUGCUCUUACAGUCUUUAGCUUUGUUUAGUUUGCACAACACUACCAAUAGAAGUAGCUCUGAGUUCAGUACUCCAAAUUUGCAAAUAUCAAACCCAGCAGGUGUGAAAAAAUGCUGCAGGACGUGGCUUGCAUCGUGUCUGAACUGCUCAGCUGAAGAGAUGAAUACAGGUCACUUACCAAUGUUUCACUCUAAGGAUUAGAUUGGAAAAUGAAAGCAUGUAGACACCACAGACUUAAUGGCUUAAGCCAUACUUUGUCUACGAUGAUCAUUAGCAGAGUAAAAACGUAAAGGUCACUGUUCUCUUUUUUCUCAUGCAGAAUUUGAAAUGCAUUCAACUCUAAAAUUCUAUGUGAUUUCCCUGUAAAAAUGUGUAUGACCUCCUUGUAAGACUGUCUGUAUGAGUAAUGUACUCAUGUUUCAUUGGAUUUACUUCUGCAAAAGUAUUCAAUCAAGGCAGAAGUGCUGCUAAAACUUUUAUCUGAGAGACUGAUCCACCCAUCUGUACGUAAGAGUCCUUGCUGGACUUUGGAUUGUGCUGUAGAGCUGAAGCUCAAGUUUUGGGUAUUCAAGUACAAAUUUUGUUCUGCAAAGCUUGAUCGCAGUGGCUGGGAAAAGAUUUCUUUGGUUUGAAAAUCUUGUCAGCAGAUGGAAAUGCUCAGGACUGAAUUAUUUCAUGUCUGGAAUCAUACACAGGAAAUGUAUCAACGUGAAACAUCAAUCAAGACACUCAUUGCAUAUGUAUGUUGAUACUGCAUAGAUAGAGUGUGUCACAAAGAACAUCUAGGUGAGGUAGCUGAUCAAGAAUUUUAAAAUAUUUUCUGUAAAAAUGUUUUAAAGAAAUUUUACUCCUUUGAUGAAAUCCUCUCAGCUUUCCUUUGGCGUAUUAUAUAUUCAGUUUGUAUUUUUGGUAAGUGGACUCUGUAUUUCUUUGAAAAUGAAGCUCGUGCAGCCUCAGCAAGCUAACACUACUGCAGCAUUCCUGGAAAUCUUCCUUCAUCUUCAUUUGGAAAUGUAAAUGUACUUCUUGAUAUGAAAAUGUCAUUACUUAGCAUUCAAACCUAUUUUCUUCUUCUUUUUUUUGUUUUGUUUCUUCUUGGCAAGCAUUUCAACUGAAAAUUAAUCACUGUCUCACCAUUAUGAAAUGUUAUAUUAAUGAGACUAAUAAUUUAUUUUCUUCUAGUAAGGAAAGCUCUUGACAUGCACUAUUUGACACACCUACAGUUCUGGGUUUGCAAUCAUGAAAUCCAAUUCCGAAAUAUACCAACAAACUAUAUUUACGGAACUGCAAGCUUCCCAAACAUCUGCUGAUGUACUCAUCAAGUCACUUCAUCUGGGUCACAGCGGCACUCAGUGCAUCAAUAUGGGAUGAGUUACACAGCAGAGCUGCUCAGUGAACUUCCAUCGAACACCUGAUGUAAUCCAAAACCAAGGUUGUUUUUGAGACAUCUCUUAAACUCUGAUGCAAAAUAUGCAUUUUUAAAAUCUCUGUCAACCCUUCAGGAGAAUAUGAAAGAUCUUGUGAUCUCUAGGUAAUAAUACAUCAAAUGCAAACGUAUUUGUGUUUGUAAAUCAAGGCCCUUGACAUCUGAUCAUUCCUUUGAAGAGAUCAAAGUUGGUGGUUUUUGUUUUUUUUUUUAAUCCAGCAUCUUCAGUUCUUGUGCUUUUUUAAAAUCAAGUGCUGGAUUUUAUAAUGAAAAUACCACUGAGCAUGAAAGAAUACCCCAGAACACCGAGAAGAUCUGAAUUCACAAGGGAUUAACCUUGGGGCUCUUGAAUUCAAGUAAUUUAGCUUCA